AUGAUAGCAGCGUGGUCGGAACGCCAACGGGACAGCGAGAGGAACCGUCAGACAGCUUCAUUUCGAUGUCAAUCAUAGUAUUGUUGAUGCGUGGCGACACAUCCUUGUUAUAAGCCCGCACCGCACGCCUGGAUGGCUCUUCACCCCGGUGGUCACUUCACUCGCUUGUGCAUUCCUUCGCUUCACUUCACUUAUCCUUGCUUUCCAGCUACAGCCACAUUCAUUUUCAUUUGACAAUCUUUGCACUAUGCUGUCGUUUGCUUUCCUUCUUUCCGUUUGUGCACUACUCCCACUUGCUCAGGCCGCCCCGGUGCCGCUAUUUGGUAUCAACUUCGGCGCAGGCGCAGAGGCUAAUGGCACGCCAACUCCAGUCUCGCAGAGUACUAUCGACUCCACGCUCCGACGCCCGGCGUUCUUCGCGCGUGCGGCAUAUUGUUCGCCACAAAGCGUACAGACCCUGUCUUGCGGCGCGCCAUGUGACGUGAUCAACACGAUCAAGGUUCUGCAAGCAGGGGGUGAUGAGGCCGCAACCCCUCGAUUCUUCAUUGCGCAGGAUCCAGACAACCAGUCUAUUGUCGUCGCACACCAGGGAACAGAUCCCGAGGAAUUGCUUUCGGAUCUGAAUGACCUCGAAGUCGCUCAAGUUUCGAUGAACACCACCCUGUUCCCAUCAGCCGCCCAGGGAUCAUUGGUACACGACGGUUUCCAGCAGACACAGGGCCGCACUGCCGAUCUCGUCCUCUCAACCGUCAAGUCAGCACUGGCUUCAACGGGUUACACCAAUGUGUUGGUGACUGGGCAUUCGCUGGGCGCGGCGGUUGCGACGCUCGACGCAAUAAUGCUGCGUAUGCAACUACCAUCCAAUGUCGGGGUUGACUCGGUCGUUUUCGGCCUGCCUCGUGUCGGAAACCAGCAGUUCGCAAACAUGAUCGACUCAAUGUUGCCUAGCUUCUCUCACGUCACCAAUCAGAAGGAUCCGGUGCCAAUUGUGCCGCCGCAGGAUCUCUCUUUCCAGCACCCGGAAGGCGAACUGCAUAUCACCUCAGUCGACUCCUCAGGCAAUGAUACAACUAUGGUUGCCUGUCCCGGCCAGGAAAACAAGAAUUGCUCCGACACGAACUCGCUACUGGAUGCCACUGUAGACAACCAUCUCGGGCCGUACUUUGACGACAUUUCCUUCGGAGGUGCCGCCUGUCCGGCGUAACUUUAUCAAGAAGGUGCAGAAUCCUAGGUUGCUAGGGCGUUCUUUCAGGACAACAAAGAACGGUCGUUACGGAUCGUUACGGGUUGUCAAGGACGCUUGUUCCGUAUGUAUGUAAUAUAUGAGGUAUUUUGCAAGCGGGGGUGUGUCAUUACGCAAAUCGUUAGAUUAUGCGUAGGAUAAUCUUAACCAGAGCCUGAGUAGAGCACAGCCUUUUAUUACGCUGCCUACUCCGGGCUGUUUCUAGGCAACGCCAAUCAUGAAUGGCCUUGGUGGCGUUGAUGCGCUCUGAGAGCCUAUCAAUACCGGGAAUCACCGAAAGUCGAACCGUGCCCCUGCCAGCAAUUUCUCUCUCCCAAUUUUCGUUUUAUCCCUUGCUCUUGCCUCUGACUUACCUCUUUCUCCCUCCUCUCUCGUCCUGUAAAAUAGAAGGUGAGCUUUGCCAUUGUCC